CCCACGAUAUUAUCAUUUUAUGAUGAUACAAAAGUAAUUUGACGUCACAUACUUCGUGUACACCACCACGUGCGUUCUGGAUGCGCACGCAGUUUUCAUAAAAGAAAGUCUUUUAAUUCCGUCUGCUGUUUUCGGCUCAUUCUUUAUCGUCGACGAAAAAUGUCUGGAGCUUUUCGGUUGUUAAUACGUACAGUGAAAUUUACAUCUUUUCAGAAAGCGGCUGAGCCACUCGUUGCUCCUUCACCUUUUAAUGCAACAAAAUUUCAAGUGAGGAAUAUCAAUACUGAUAUUUCACCAAAUGUCUAUGAAUUAGAUAAAUCAAAACUUCCUGAUUAUGAAACGUCAAAUAAAGAAUGGCAUUAUGUGGAACGCCUCAUACCUCUCAAGGUAGUGCCUCAACCAAAAUAUUUUGAUGGACCAGCUCCUUCAGGAUGGAUACCUCCAAAGGAAGAAGGGCUGACUCAUCCAUACUAUAUUCCACGGACUAAAAAUCACAUGAUGCAAGUUUAUUUAAAGAUAUCACAAAGAGGUUGUAAGCAUGUAACAUGCAUUAGAAAAAUUGAAGGAGAUAUAUGGAAAUGUGAAAAAGAUAUUAGAAAAUUUUUAAAACCUCAGCUGCCAGAGUUGACAUAUGCUCGACUUAGUAGUCGAGUCAAUGAAAUGACAAGACAAAUUCACUUUAGAGGCGAUUAUGUAGCUUAUGUUAAAAAGUGGAUGGAAAUAAAAGGAUUUUAGAACAAGGAUUAAUGUA